AUGAAGAUUUUCAUAGCAGCAACCAUCAUUUUCAUAGCCUGUUUGAUCCUUGAUGUAAUUUAUGAUCAGCAGCUCUGGGAUUUUAAUACAAGGAUUACGAAAUAUAUGUAACAGAAGCAAACCCCUGGGCUGUAAAGUAUGUUUAAUUUCUUCUCCAAUUGGAUAAACAUUUUUCCUGGAAUAGCUUUAUUAAUCUUUAUAUUUACAGAAAAUAAAUUGGCCUCCAUCAUAUAUAUGUGCUUAAUAUAAUUUACAAUUUCAUUUAACUCAGUUCUUAAAAAUGUAUAUCAUCAACCAAGACCUUAUUGGAUUGAACCCGAUAUUGUUGCAUUGUCAUGCAAUAAAGAGUUUGGUAAACCCUCAGGACAUGCUAUGGGGUCAUUGCUGAUGUGUUUUUUAUUGCCUUUGAUGGUUCUCCCUUCAACCUUUGUGAAAAAGCCAAAACUAAUCAAAAGUAUUAUCCUAUGUUUUGUUUCCAUAUGGACUGUAAUGACUGCAUUGUCUCGCAUCUAUUUAGGGAUGCAUACAAUAGGUUAGAUUCUGUUGGGUUGGAUGUAUUCGAGUUAUUUUAUUUUAAUUUAUCUCUCCUAUUUGCAUUAACCUAUAAUGGAAUAUUUAAAAACUAGACUGUCAUCUAUUGAUCUAACUUGGAAAUUUGUAUUUAUGGUUGGUUUAUCAACUUUAGGUUGGUUGGGUAUCUCAUUUUUAUUUUACUUUUUGGAUAGAAAGAAUCUAUACUUAAACUAAGCCAAACUUACACAAUGGACAUAGAAUAUUUACAAGAAAUGUCCAAAUUAAACUGAACUUCUUUCAAUUCAUAGUUCUUAGGUGUUCCAAAGUUUUUGUUUGAAUAAAAGCUUCGAAAUCACUUUUAUCUUUUUCAUAUUUUUGGGAAUCAAACUCAGCCAUGGGAAAAAUAAUGAAGAAGAAUUCACUCAAAAUUAUUCAAAGUUGAAUUGGAAAUAAAAGUGUUUUCGCUUUUUACUUCUAAUAAUUCCAUUAUCAACUGUGAAAUUUUUAGACUUUAUUAACAGUGACAAUGUUUGGGUGAUGAUUUUCAGUUAUAAAGACUAUCCCUUGGAAUGCCUUAUGUGGACUUAUCCUUACAUAUGGAUAUGCAAAACUAUUAAAAUAUUUUAAUUUAAAUAUUGA